UAAGAUUAUUGUUCUAGUGAUUGUGGAAAUAAAAACAUUUUUAUUGUUUAAUUAAAUAGUUAUAAAUUAAUGUAAAUGCACCGCUCUGGGCUGGCCUACGUUUUAUCUCCAGCUUAUCCUCUAAAUACGUCAUAUCCCUUGACGACAUGAAUGGGAGUAUUUUCCUAUCUACCUUUGGCCUAAUUAUACCUAAUAAAAUAGAUUGUGAUUCAGUGUGAUGGUUGCUAUUGCACCAAGGAGCUUUGUCGGCCUACAAAUAUUUAAGAGCAAGAGUACCAGUUAGCUAUUUUUCACUGUAAAAUGUCUGAACCAUUAACCCCAGAACAAGAACUAAUUACAAAAGAAUUUCUCGAAAGGGUAAAUAUCCAAAGAUACAAAAGAAAAUUUGGCUCAACCCCAGUUUCAUGGCCUACAGCGGUGCGUUUUUUGUAUGCACGAAAAUUCGAUGUUAAUCGAGCAGUUGCUUUGUUCGAGCAACACGAAGCAACUAGACAACGAGAAGGUUUAAAUAAGUUCGAUCCAAGGGAGGAACCAUUGAAGAGCGAGCUGCUUACCGGAAAAUUUACCGUGUUGCAGCCGGGACGUGAUUCAAACGAUGCUGCCAUAGCAGUAUUUACUGCUCACAAACACGUGCCGGCCAAUAGUAGUCAUCAGACGACGCUUCAGGGAGUGGUUUACCAAUUGGACGUCGCACUCCAGGACCAUUUAACCCAGAAGUCCGGGAUUGUGUUCAUUUAUGACAUGUCCAACUCGAAGUAUUCGAAUUUUGAUUACGACCUCUCUCAGAAGAUUUUGACUAUGCUCAAGGGUGGUUACCCAGCCAAACUAAAAAAAGUCCUAAUUGUAACAGCGCCGUUGUGGUUCAAAGCUCCAUUCAAAAUCCUGCGCUUGUUUGUGCGCGAAAAGUUGAGGGAGCGCGUGUACACGAUAUCGGCUGCGCAACUGCAAGCGCACAUACCCCGAGACUCGCUGCCACUACAUCUGGGCGGUGUCCACGCGCUGGACCACGAUGCGUGGCUCGAGCGCUGCGCCUCCUCGUCGAUGAACCACGACCUUUUACUCAGGGCUUCGCCCACCGGUUUACCGCCUUCAUAUGACAAUAAAAGUCCAACGUCGGGACGUAACCACAUCGAGAUCCUCCAUCAAAAGUCGAAACUCGUAGGUGGUGAUGGUGCGGAGGUGAACAAAGGAGCUGUGGUAGUGCAGUUCGGUGGUACUCGGAGUAAAAGCGGCGGUACCUUGGGGGGUGGCGAGGAGGGAGCCGACGUGGAUACGGCGGAUCAGUGGUCGCACUCGGACGAGACGAAUUUGAAUCCGCCGUCGUCCGCCUCGAGCGGCUUUAGCGACGACGAUUCGCUGCCCGGGGACGGAGCGGCCGUCACGAUCGGGCAGCUGGUUGAAAUGGUGAGGUUAAGAGGCAGAUCUGGUUUGGUGCAAGAAUACGCCGAAAUCAGGGCACGGUUACCAGAAGGUUCGUUCAAUGUGGCGAAAUCGCGUUGCAACCUACCAAAGAACCGAUAUACUGAUGUGCUGUGCUACGAUCACAGUCGAGUGGUCCUCUCCGAAAUAGAUUGUGAUAAAGAUAGUGAUUAUAUCCAUGCCAAUUUCGUCGAUGGGUACAAACAAAAGAACGCGUUUAUUAAUACGCAAGGUCCCUUGGCGAAAACCACUCCCGAAUUCUGGCGAAUGAUUUGGGAACAGCACACCCUAGUGAUAGUGAUGACCACCAGGGUGAUGGAACGGGGCAGACCCAAAUGUCACCAGUAUUGGGAGAGUGAAAAGGGGGCCGAGGUGACUUACGGUCACUUUUUAGUCAAAACGUUGGAUAUUGAGACUGAUCCGAAUUAUACUGUCACUACUAUUAGUUUGACUAAUAAAAAGACAGAGGAAACGAGGGAGGUGUCCCAUUGGCAGUUCACAUCAUGGCCCGAUUACGGGGUACCCUCAUCGGCGAAGGCGAUGUUGGAGUUUUUGGAGCGGGUGCGACGGCAACAAGCAGCGAUGGUAAAUAAUUUGGGAGAUACGUGGGCGGGGCAUCCGCGAGGGCCUCCGAUUGUCGUACAUUGUAGCGCCGGCAUUGGGCGAACUGGUACCUUUUGCACCCUAGACAUUUGCAUAUCUCGACUAGAAGAUGUCGGAACGGUCGAUAUCCGCGGCACCGUCGAACGGAUAAGGGCGCAACGCGCAUAUUCGAUCCAGAUGCCCGAUCAGUACAUCUUCUGCCAUCUCGCCCUGAUCGAAUACGCCCUCUCCAAGGGCCACCUGCAAUCGGUCGAUUUGACCGAUUUUGAUCACGCCGUCGCUGAAGAUUCCGAUUAACUCUUCUUUAUAUGGUUAAAAUUAUUUUUUACCGCGUCGUUUUACUAAUUUAAUUGGAGAAAUAUUAUGUAUGUAUAUCCGAGACUUACCCCCUCCUCCCCCGCCCUGUGAAGCGUAAUUUUUGUAAUUUAUCAGAUUCAAGGUGUGAAAAAUAAGGGUGUGUAUGUCAUACUUGACAAGUGACGUUUGAAGAUCUGUCGAAAAAGUUUUCACCAAAGUUGACUUAUUAUGUCAAAAACUAAUUUGAAAUAACCGUUAUUUUUCGCCGUUGAUCAUUAUUACGCCAAAACUAAUAGAAUUAGGUAAUAAAUUAAUAUUUUCAAUGUUAUAUACCGAAUAUUCCAUGUCUUUUUAAUUAUUUAUUAUUUAUAUAAAACUUUAAAAAAAAUAUAUUAAUUAAGUAAAUUGAAUAUCGAUGUGACCAUGGCAACGUUUAUUAUCUUUAUGUGUUCGGAACGUAAGUAGAUCAUGAAAAGUGACAUUCAUUAAUGGUGUAUCGUAUUAAAAGAAAAAUUGUGGUCUAUUUUUAAUAAUAAAUGUCUUCUCUUCAGAUAUAA